AUGGACGCUGUGUUUUCUCGGGGGGAAUUCAUUGAUAAGAAUUUCUACCGUAUGCGUCUAAGUGGUUCCAACUCCCCAGAUUGCAGCGAAACUGGCAAACUGGCCUGGACAAACGACACUCAUUUGGGGAUCCGGAUCCCAAUGUUUGGCUGUGGGACCAAACGGGUUGAGACGGAGGGGUCUGUAUACUUCCUAAACCGUCUGGUUUACGGAAGGGAUGUCACCCGGCUCGAGUGUAUGAACCCCACCGUACAUGUGGCUGUCCUGGGACAUGUGCCCAAACCUGAAGGAACGAUUACAAGCCAAGGGAACGGGACCAACCCUGAGGCAAGCAAUACAAGCAAUGGGAACGGGACCAACCCUGAAGCAAGCGACACAAGCAAUGGGAACGGGACCGAGGAGGAGGACGGGAGCGAAAGCGAGGAGAAGCCCGAGGUCCCGUCUGGGGCAGGAAACAGCACCAUCGGCGCCAACAAAUGGCUGGACCUGUGGGUUGUCCUCCCCUGUUUACUCGUCCUCUUCCUCCUCCUCUUCUGCUUCUACGAUGUCUGUCGAACGAGGAGGAGUGAGAAGAGGAGAAAGAAGAAGAAGAGGACAAAGAAGAAGAAGAAGAGAGAGGCAAAGAAGAAGAGAGAGGCAAAGAAGAAGAGAGAGGCAAAGAAGAAGAGAGAUGCAAAGAAGGAGAGAGAAGCAAAGAAGAAGAGAGAGGAAAAGAAAAAGAGAGAGGCAAAGAAGGAGAGCGACAAAGAGGAAGAGGGGGGAAAAGAAGGAGAGGGGGGCAAAGGAUGA